AUGCCAAAAGAGCUGCAUUUCGUGACGCUUGACGUCUUUACAUCCGACAUUUUUGCAGGGAAUCCACUUCCAGACGAUGACCAACAAGCUAUUUGCCAGAGACAAAAGCAGGCGAUUGCUCGAGAGUUCAAUUACUCCGAGACAAUCUUCAUCCACCCUGUCGCUUCGGAGGCGUCUUCCAAACGCAAGAUUGAUAUUUUCAUGACAACGAAGGAGCUUCCUUUUGCGGGCCAUCCGACCAUAGGUGCUGCGUUCUGGCUUCUUUGUCUCUCACCACAUGAAACUGAACGAAAUGCCACGAAGAUGCUUACCACUAAAGCUGGUGACAUCGCUAUCUCCCGCUCUCUGGACUCCGCAGUGGUUUCCGUCACUAUUCCGCACAAUGUACAUCUUCAUAAGGAGCGAUUCCCGGUAGCGGAGGUCUUACGACUACAUCCAUCUCUCCGGCCCUUUCUAGAAGCCGACGGACUUGGCUCGAAUGGAUACAGUGUUCUGUCUGUUGUCAAGGGCAUGACCGUGAUUCCCGUAGAGCUUCCAAGUGUGGCGGCGUCGGCUGCUAUAAGGUUAAUUAAUCUUUACUUCUUCGUCCGUAAUGUGCCUGAUGGCGGGAGAGCCGUCAUUCGCACGCGGAUGCUUCUGGGAACAUUUGAAGAUGCAGCUACUGGCAGUUCUGCAGUUGGGCUAGGACUAUACCUCUCGUUGUAUGACCAGGGACGCGGAACGGGAACGCGCCAUGAGUAUGAUAUUGUCCAGGGUGUUGAAAUGGGGCGCAAGAGCAACAUCGGCGUGCAAGUUGUGCUUACAGAUGAUAGCAAAAGGGUGGAAACUGUGAAACUUUCUGGAGGUGCAGUUAAGGUGUCCGAGGGACAGAUUCGGUUGAAUUGA